AUGUGGAUACCAGCGCAGUUGGCACUACUGUGCCUCACCGCACGCGCCCUCGCCACCCAAGUGCCGUACCAGCCGCCAGAGUUCUCGGCGUCCCCGGACUCGAGUCAGCAACAAAGCCACUUCUCCUCCUGGCAGUCGGACGACCUCACCGCAGCCGCCAGCUCGGCGAGCCACGGCGACGGCUUCCACCCGCUGACCUUCGACCCCACCGUGCAGCCCCAGCAAAACAUCCAGAGACCCAUUGACUCCACGGGGGCGGAAUCGGUGAUCGAUGACAUUCUCGUGUCGAACCACCAGGGUCGCGCCCUCGAGGGCUUCGACGAGGUCUACGCAGAUCCCGACAUCAAGAACGCCCUGCAGCUCGGCAACGACACCAUCGCUCGCUCCUACAUCCGCGACAAGCUGUGCUCCCUCAACCUCAUGACCUGCGACGGUACCGAGGAGAGGCGGCCCUUUUACUCGCCGUACAGGGACAUCCACCCGCAGGAGGUGAUCUACGCCCAGCCGGUGACGAUCAAGCCGGUCGGCCGUCCACUGCCCGCGAUCCCGGUGAAGCGUCCCGCCAGCGUGGGUCUGGGCUUCAAGCCACCGGGCCUGUACCCCGGAGGUCCGUCAUCCCAGCCACUGCCGUCGUACGGGCCCGGGCCCUCGUUCAUCGGGCCCCGACCACCCAGCUUCACUGGACCCUACUACAAGAAACCGGGCCACUUUGGCGGGCCACCGGCCAAGCCGAUCUACGAGAGCCCCGAGAUCGACUACGAGGACAAGUUCAUCGACAAGAAGCAGCACAUUGCCGGCUCGUCCGUCCAACAGCACGUCCACCACCAUUACCACCACAACGACGGCGCGGCCAGUGGGAUCGAGGGGCCCAUCGGUAGCAGCGGCUACGGGUACGGGCCUGGCUCCGAUUACGACCAGUACAAGAAGAACUUCAAGGUCAAGAGCCCCACCGCCACGGCCACGGCCUCGGCCAGCUCGAGCAGCUACGCCAACAACUUUUUGGGCUACGAGAAGCCCAAGCCCGGUUUCGCCGGUGCCAAGGGCACCGAGUUUGGCAAACAGUUUGGUGGCAACUACAACAAUUUCGGCAACGAGUUCGGCUCGGGUGGAUUGGACACCGGCUACGACGGCCCUGGCGAGGACGAUCAGUGCGUCUGCGUGCCGUACAACAGGUGCGCGGCCCUCGACCAAGCCGGGCGCAAGGACGACCUGUAUCUGGCCAUUGACCCGCGCGACUUGGGCAAGAACAUCGAGGCCGAGACCGAGGAGGUCGUCGUGACCAGUAGCAAUGGCACGAUGAGCGUGGUCAGGGUGGCCAAGGCCGGUGGCAACGAGACCGAGCGGUCGAAAGACCACGCGGAGAAGAAGAAGGACGAGGUUGGAGAGAAACGAGCCAAGAGGGACACGGAAAACUCGGAUGAGAGCAACGACGAGGCUCAGAGCCGCCUCCUGGGGCAGCACUUGGACACCUCGAAGUUCAACGUGAAGCCGACCUUCGGCGUGAGCUUCGGCUUGCCUCAGGGAGGCGGCUCGUACCCCGUCAACGGGUACGGAGGUGAUUCCCUGGUGAACCCGUACCCGGGCUACGGAGCCGGCACCCAAGGGAUCAAUUUAGGUCCCGUGUCGGUUAACCCUCUAGUUGCUUUUCAAGUGACGAAGGGCGAGUACGGGCACAAGGUGAUCAAGCCGCUCAUUAAUUUUCACAUAUCGCCCAACGCGGGACUCGUCCACAAGUUCAAUCACUUGCUCGCCAACAAGAAAGAGGCCCUCUUCGGGAACCACCAUCAGUAUCCCCCGCAUUACGCACCGCAGUACCACCACCAGCACCCGGGAGGACCUCCUCUUUACCACAAUCCAGCUCAUCACGGCUACCCGGGCCAACAAUAUCGUCCCGGUGCCCACGUGAACUUUGAACGUCCCUCGUACUCCCAGCAGCACUACCACCAGCACCAACACAACCACUAUCACCAUCAGCAGGAACAGCAGCAUGGUCCCUACGGUGGAGGAGGAGGACCCAACUAUUAUUACGACGGGGAGGGUCCGGACUACGGGUACGACGGGGAUGACGAUUACUACGGGGGUCAGGAGCAUUACUACAGAAACGCGCGUACCAACGCGACGGUGGCCGAGAAUAGAUUGAACAGGCCGGACAGGGUGGAGGGCGGUGACGAGGACCAAAGUCCCGUCGUCGCUCAAAAGGUCAACUUUCCCCAACGAAGAAAACGCGACGCCCAAGAGCGGCAGUUUGGACGACCACCGGUCUGCGGGCCCCAGCACGUGUGUUGCCGUCACAACCUCGUCCGGCCCGGCAACAAUCGUCCCAAGUACGGCCAGUGCGGCGUGAGGUACAGCCAGGGCAUCGCGGGCCGCAUCAAGACUCCCCUGUACGUGGACGGAGACUCUGAAUUUGGUGAGUACCCGUGGCAGGUGGCCAUCCUGAAGACCGAGCCCGGCGAGAAGGAGAGCGUGUACGUGUGCGGCGGCACCCUCGUCUCGGCCCGGCACAUCAUAACCGCGGCCCACUGCAUCAGGUCGCACACGAGCCACCAGAUUCGCGCUCGCCUCGGCGAGUGGGACGUCAAUCACGACGUCGAGUUUUUCCCCUACAUCGAGCGCGCCGUCGACAACGUUCGCGUCCACCCGGAAUUUUACGCGGGUGCCCUCUACAACGACAUCGCCGUUCUCACCCUCGACGGCGACAUUGACUUUGCCAAGAACCCCCACGUCAGUCCCGCGUGUCUGCCCAACAAGUACGAAACCUUCGUCGACCAGAGGUGCUGGACGACUGGCUGGGGCAAGGACGCCUUCGGUGAUUUUGGCAAGUACCAGAACAUCCUUAAGGAGGUCGACGUGCCCGUGAUCGGCAAUGGGCUGUGCGAGCAGCAGCUCCGCCAGACGCGACUCGGCCCGAGUUUCUCCCUUCACCCGGGCUUCGUGUGCGCCGGUGGUGAGGCGGGCAAGGACGCCUGCAAGGGCGACGGCGGUGGUCCCAUGGUGUGCGAGCGCAACGGCAAGUGGCACCUCGCUGGGGUGGUCUCUUGGGGCAUCGGCUGCGGGCAGGUCGGGGUGCCGGGGGUUUACACUCGGGUGACCCACUACCUCGACUGGGUACGCCAGAUCAUCGUUGAUAUCAAUUAAUUAUUAAAAAUGCCUUACAAAUAUAUUGGUCGUACGACCGAUUUUAAAGGGAAGACAAUGUGGGAGAUUCUAGGAAACUUGAAGAAUUUUGGUGUUGGCAGAAUAAUAGGCAGAAACAUGUUCCAGAGGUAUCCAGAGCCAUGUUAUGUCAAAGUUAUGAAAGUUGAGGCCCUGGACAAUCCGGAAAAUCCUUCACAUGAUAAUGCUCGCAAAGUGAUCGUCCUGUGUGAAAGAGUUUUUCGUGGUAUUAAGUAUCAAAAGCUGGUGCAAAUGGAAUCAGCCACGUACAAAACUGAUUACUUUCUUGUACCCAAACACAAAGAACAAGAAUUUUGCAGAAGUAUCGAGGUCAAACCCAUGAGGGUCUUUCCCAGUAAAAUGGAACUGCCACCAUUGCUUCGAGAAUACGCAAAGCGCCAAAUGAAAGCAGCUGGCAUUCCUAUCACAGAAGAGCCAAAAAUGAAAGUAUACUAUAACAAGUAUGGGAUCAAGACCUACAAAGUGGCAGAAGAAGGAGAGACUCCAACUGAGCCAGAGUUAACUCUAAGUUAUGGCAAACCAGUAGCACCAAGAUUGUUUGAAAACAUCAAAGAAUGUUAAGCCAGAC